AGAUGGAUGGAUAGGUAGGUAGGUAGGUCGGUAGAUAGAUGGAUGGAUGGAUAGGUAGGUAGAUGGAUGGAUGGAUAGGUAGGUAGGUAGGUAAGUAGAUAAAUGGAUGGAUGGAUAGGUAGAUAGGUAGGUAGGUAGGUGAAUGGAUAGAUAGAUAGAUAGAUAGAUGAAUAAACCUGGAAAGUAGUAUUUAUCUUUAUUUUCAUUCAAUAUAUUUCAAUACACCAUUUACUGCACCUUUGUAUAAACAGAGACAAUUUAUUUACAAAUGAUAUAGAACUGUAAAAAAAAACAAAACAUUAAAAUCAUUAAAAUGAGUUAAAAAUGAAUUGUUUUAUAUAUAAACCCGACAGGCAAUGGGAAGCGCGCGCGCGUGUCUAACAAGUGGGCGGAGUUACUGUACCGAAAGGAGGCAACGAGACCAUAGAAACGCUGGAAUGACAGCUUAGCGAAAAUCUUUCCCACUCGUAUUCGUACAAACUCCUCCUUCUGCGCUGCGAUUCGAUAGUUAUAAUCAUCCUCCUUCUCUAAUUGGUUAAUACGUCGAACCCGUAAAGUAGGACAGCGAUAACUAACCAAUCGCCGCUCCGAAGGCGGGGUUUAUCGGAAUACGGGUGUGACGCGACGACCUAAGAAUCAGUAACGUAAAGCGAGCGAGAGGGUCGUAAAGCCGUUGGUUUGAAGCUGUUGUUGGUGCUUUAGGACCCAGUGAGCAGAGACACGGCGCUAUCAAACACAGCCUGUCCGGGCAAAUCAGACUGGAAAGCAGGGAUAUCGAUACAGACGGCGCUUCUCAGAGAGAUAAAGACACGGAGUGGGAAUGAGAGCGGAGGGAAAUCUGCAGCGGAAGAGUUAAAAAAAACAACAACAACCCAAAAACAAACAACAACAACAACAACAAAACAAACCGACGGUGCUGUGUUUAGUAUUCCACCGGCUGGGUGGCUCGCGCUCUUUCAAAGGUCUGAUCUCUUCUUGAUGGAAAAGAUCCUUGCUCCACUUUUCCGGUUAAAGAUGCACAUUGUAAAGGAAUAGACGUCUAUGUGCGUGUAUAAAGUAGCUGUUUGGGUUUCUGAUUAAAUGCUUCAUCUGCUGGAGAGGAAGAGAAAAAAAAAGAUGGUCCAAAGCGUGCGCGUGAGAGAAACACUGUUUCAAAACUGAGUGGAGAAAGUGUCAGGUUGGUAUUCAGAUUUAUUUCCAGAAUUGUUGGCAUUCUAUGGUGCAGUCCUAGCUGGAUCCAAGAGGAUGUCUCCCAGCAUCCUGUCAGUGCUGCCUAAAGGGAGAUUCCAUCAGCAUUCUCUUCCUCUCUGGCAACUGUAGAUGAAGAACCAGCACACAAUGAUAGAACACCAGUGAUUCCUGCCUUUGAGGUUCCUCACCUCCCCACCCUUCUUCCUUACACCCCUUCCCAACCCCAAGCCUGAACAUGCUGCGUUUCCUGCCCCUCAAACUGGGCCGAGUGUACCGCUGCCUGAAGCUGAUCUUUAUCGUGGGCCUGUUUGUUGUGUUCUUGAUGAACACUCACACUCUUCUCGCCUCCUUUCAGAAGAACGAGCUAACGGACCGCCGCUUCAUCCAUCUCAACAAGUGCCCGGCUUGCUUCGGUACCAGUUGGUGCCGCAAGUUCAUGAACGGACAAGUAUCCUUUGAGUCGUGGGGCCGACUGCGUUUUCUUGACGUCUUCAAUGUAAAGAAUGUUUUCUUUGCCCAGUACGGCGAGCCACGGGAAGGCACGCGCCGCAUCGUCCUCAAGCGCCUCGGCUCCAACCAGGAGCUGGCGGACAUCGACCAGAAAAUCUGCAAGCGGGCUACCGGUCGACCUCGUUGUGACCUCAUCCAGGCCAUGUACAAGACAGAGUUCGCACGACUUAAUGGAGAUGUUCGCCUCUUGACGCCUGACGUAGUGGAGGGCUGGUCUGACCUGGUCCACUGCCCCUCGCAGAGACUGCUAGACCGGAUAGUCAGGAGAUAUGCUGAGACUAAAGACUCUGGAAGCUUCCUGUUGAAAAAUCUCAAAGACACAGAGAGGAUGCAGCUUCUGAUGACGCUGGCUUUUAACCCUGAGCCUUUGGUUCUGCAGAGUUUCCCGUCAGACGAGGGCUGGCCGUUUGCCAAGUACCUGGGCGCGUGCGGGCGCGUGGUGGCCGUGAACUACGUCGGCGAGGAGCUGUGGAGCUUCUACGAGGCGCCGUGGGAGAAGCGCGUGGACUUGGCCAAGCAGCUGCUGGACAUCGCCGAGCAGCUCACCAACAACGACUUCGACUUCGCUCUGUACCUGCUCGACGUCAGCUUCGACAACUUCGCCGUGGGCCCUCGAGAUGGCAAGGUCAUCGUCGUGGACGCCGAGAACGUGCUGGUGGCAGAUAAGAGACUCAUCAAACAGAAUAAGCCAGAGAACUACGACGUGUGGUACGAGAGCCGUUUCGAGGAGUGCGAUAAGGAGGCCUGCCUGUCUUUCUCCAAAGACGCUCUGUGCUCAAGGGUCACCGUCGACCACAACUACUACGCCAUCUGUCAGAACCUGCUGUCUCGCUACGCCACAUGGAGAGGCAGUACCGGGGGCUUGCUGCACGAUCCGCCGCCCAACCUGGGGAAAGACGGGCAUCUCGACCACCUGCUGGAGGAGUGCGUCAAGCCCAAGGCGCGCUACGGACGCUUUGCAGCUGCUAAAGAGCUCCGGCAGUAUCUCACCGAGCUCAGCGGCACGGCCAGGUAAUGACCGAGUGGACUGCCGGGGAGCGGGUACUGAGAUACUGACGGCUUCUUUCGCUCUUUGGGUGGCGGAGGAGUUGUUUCGGAGCGACCGAGGAAAAUAUCCGCGAGAUCUGCGUUAAUGUUCCAGCCUGCUAACUUUUAGAAAUGUCGUUCCUCUCCGAAGCACGGGGGGGCUGGGUGAAGAUCUCCAUAUUGGAUUGAAAGAAGGAACACUUUGUCUCAUUUUACACAAGAUCAGCCGUCAAGCGUCCGUGAUCGAUGAUGGGGAACGUCAUCAUGCAAGGCAUGGAAACUUGCUAAUGCUUCAGUCCUAGGCUCAUCAUUUGAUCAUCUGCGCUAUCGUACUUUCUUCCAAGAGUUGCUCGGUGAGACGUGAGCAUGCUCAGAACGGCAGCUGGAGAGUUCGACACACCGCAGCUCAGGAGGAACCCAUCUCCAGGCCUCUUCACUAAAUCUCAAGACUUCCAGUGAUCUGAUAUUUUGGCAAUCAAGCAAAACGAGGGUUUUAGGGUGUACAGAACAAAAUAAUGAGCUACAGCUGUUUUUGCUUUCGCAUAUACCAAAGAGUCUGGCUAUAUGUUGCUCCGAUCCCUGUACAUUUGGACAUCCUGUCGUGAUUACGUAGUGCUCAAGGGACGGAAAAUGGACACUUUUGAUGGAGGAUUUUUGCUCGUAUUCAUCAAGCAGAUCCAGUAAGGACUGAACGUAAUCCAGGAUGAUUCUCUGUUCUGAAUAAAUAACCACCAGGUCCGACUCAGCCCUCUGUUUGAAAGCGGACGCGCUGAAACGACGCGAUGCGCCGGCCCUACCGUUCAAAUUUAAUUCCACGGCUCGGAAAUUGAUUUAAUCGCAGUUUAAUCACAUGUCUCUGACAAUUAACAUCAGUUAACCUUCAGCUAUCAAUCUGCCAUUUUUCCUGUUCCUGCCUCUUUUUUUUAAAAAUGAAUUAGCACAUUAGUUUUGAUUUUACACUUGGUGGACCAGUGAAUUAGACCUGUGUGUGUGUUUGUGUGUGUGUGUGUGUGUGUGUGAGGCAGAUGCAAAUCAUCAUUUCAUUGAGCUUCGGGAAGGGGCUGGAAACCGAAAUCUAGAUAAUCACCUCAGCUUAGGACAUUUCAUACGAAAUGAACGCAAAGGGAAGACGUUGCCGUUCUCUCACUGCGGAGUGAACUCUGUUCUUGGAGAUCUACAACCUCGCAGAACCUGGUUCCUUCCCUCAUCUAAUGUCUUGACUCGAUCCCUGCUGUAAUUUGACUCGCGUCGAAAUUGAAAUCGUGAGACCUGGGAAAUCUUGAACUACUUAGGUCGGGUACUAGAUUAGGGCGGGAACUGGGUUCCACAGGGUUCCACGUCACCUCGGACGUUCUAACAUGGAAAAGCAAUAAGUGUCGUUCCGUAUGACCCGGUUUCAUCUCUGUUCUACCUGGGAUUGAUUCGCACCUCUUUAGCAACGGGUGUGAGCGAUUUGUAAGUGCGUUUAAAAAAAAAAAAAAAAAAAACAAACAAAAAAAAAAAAAACCAAGAAGGAAAGAAAAAAAAAAACACACCUGUCUGCUUGUGUUGUAAUUAUUUUUUUUUUUUUUGAGUAUUAUAUCAGCGGUGUCUGAUUUUACUGUGCCUUUCAUUCGAAAGUUGUAUCCACAACUUUUCAGUGGGUUUAAUGAUCAAAUAAAUGAAUCAAUCUAUAUAUCUGUUUCUUAUAUUACCUUCUAUUUUGUUUUAUAUAUAUAUAUAUUUGUGGUCACUUACACUUCCGUUACACAUUUAAAAUCAACCUCCACAAACAGACGUUGGGAACGAGCUUCGGUUCAUUUCCCACGGACUUGAGACGCCCGACGUUCGUAGCGACGCUCACAGCAAUGAAGGUUAUGAUCACCGUUACUGCACACAACGACUCUGUUUAACGUAGAUGAAGUGCUCUGAUUAAAACAAUCCUCCACUCAAACAUGAUGUAUGUUUAUAUUGGAAUGUCUGUGAUGUAUUUAGCAGGUCUAGCGAGAAUUUGUCAGAUUUCUGUUAUCCAGGACUAAGUUUAACGGCCGUGUCACGGGGAAACUUUGUUACAGUUAUACGGCGGCAUUUAAUAGGAGAGAGAGAAAAAAAUCUCAAACGUUAAUUGAAAACGCUCCGGUUCUGCUGUGAUCUCCUAAAAACGAGAGUAAGAGCCGCUUUACUCGCUCACCGAGCAGUUUUCUAUAAACGUCAUAUAAACGUAAAACCGUGGAGACAUUGGUGCAAACACUGGACUCAAUGUCCCAGAAUGCAAUGCAGCUAUAACUACAGGGCGUCUAUGAGAUGACGAGUGCGAUGAAAUGAAAUUAGCAUGAGCGUCGAUGCUUCGGAAGCCGAUGCGUUUGGGCAGAGUGGACAGAUGAGGUGAGAAAGCUGGACAGACUAAAGAACUAAAGUGCCGCUGCAUCGCUCUCUUUAUGUAGAGAAGACGUGAGGGCUAAAUCCCACUGCACCGCUAUGAGCAGGUAGAACGGCAUUGUGGGAAAUGUAGGGAACGUGAAAGUAGGCAAUGAAAAGUUUUUAAAUCUCAAGCUUAAAAAAAAAAAAAUCAACUUGGUAUUUCAUUAUAAAAUAAAUCUCGGGCAUGUUAAUUAGAAAGAUUAUGCAAGUCAGGAUGGAGGUUUCCUUCACCUUUUUUUUUUUUUUUUUUUUAAACUUUGCCUGAUUGGCCGUUCGGUUAACCAGCUGCAACGGAAUUACUAUUUCUAACACUUCGUGAUGAAGGGCUUUUAAAUUUUGUCAACAUUAACAACAGAAAACGGGGCUCCUCCUCUGGCAGACGAUGGGUCCGAUUGGUAUUUCAGCUGACUGAAACAAACACUCGAAAACAGAGUAGCAAAGCCAAUAAAUGUGUUUUUUUUUUUUCCUUUUUUUUUUCGUGUUUUUUAAUAAAGAAAAAAAUGGCCUUUGUUCACUGGCUCUUUAUUCUUAUUUAAAAAAAAAAAAAAAAUUAAUGAAAAAACUGGCCUUUGUUCACUGGCUUUUUAUUUAUUUAUUUAUUAUUUAUUUUAUAAAGAAAAAAACUGGCCUUUGUUCACUGGCUCUUUUUUUAAUUAUUAUUUUUUUAUUUUUUAAAGAAAAAACUGGCCUUUGUUCACUGGCUCUUUUUUAAAUUAUUUUUUAUUUAUUUUUUUGUAGAAAAAACUGGCCUUUGUUCACUGGCUUUUUAAUUUUUUAUUUAUUUAUUUAUUUAUUUUAUAAAGAAAAAAAACUGGCCUUUGUUCACUGGCUCUUUAUUUCUUUAUUAUUAUUAUUUAUAUAAAGAAAAAACUGGCCUUUGUUCACUGGCUCUUUUUUUUAUUAUUUUUUAAAAAUUAUUAUUUAUUUAUUUAUUUUAUAAAGAAAAAACUGGCCUUUGUUCACUGGCUCUUUAUUUUUA